UAAGACUCAUCCCACGGAAGCUUUUUAAAUUCCGCAAAAAAAAACAUUCAAAUAUAGCGAAUGCGUUCCCAAGUAGGUAUAUGUUCACACGGCAGGGCUUUUAUAUUAUAACACGAUGCAUUAUUAUUGCGCAAUUUUCAAUUUGGCUCGACGAUAAACUGGAUUGUUAAGUUUUAAAAGUGCCAACGCCGGGAUUGAACGCAACGCUAUUUAAUUCUCGUGCGAAUGAGUGCUAAUUCUGUAUAAUUUUUGUCAGACUUUCGGGUGUCUAGAGUUGUUCAGAGGAGGGCAGCACCGGCAACACGCCGCCAUGAUGGUAAUGGCUAUGCUCGGCUUCUACUUCGAGAUAGCGAGGCAUGAUAGAGACAAGUAUAUUAGAGUGCAUCUUAGACAUGUACGUCCAGAUAAAUUGCAUCACUUCGAGAAGAUAAGGUCGGAAGCAACUCUGCCCCUCCCUUACGACUAUGAGAGCGCCACUCACCCAGCGUGGCAGUUCUGGAGGAAACUUGGCAAGAGCGGUAUAUCGACCGUUGCCACUUAUAAAUCACAAGACCCAGAUGGUAAAAUUAUGAAGAAUCUUGGCCAGCAUACGAAACUACUUUCUGACACUGAUAUAAUCAAAAUCAACAGCGUCUAUGGUACAAAAUGUUUCAUGGCCGCCAGGUCUAGUCAGAUUAAUAAACAGAGGUUUAUUAAAAGCCAACAGAGACGGUUUUAAUUGAUAAUAAAUAAAUU